CUCACCACAUCGGUGCUGUUCGGUGUCGGCAUCGCAGAAGUAUUGUAUAUUGCUCUAGCUUCUUCGACAACAGGGUAUUGCUCUCCGCUCAGCGCAUCGAUGUCAGCUCUGUGGCGCCACAGGUGCCAUCUUCGAGCCUCGUGAAUUGUCCCGAAGACUGGUGUAGCAAUAAUCCGAUAACCACUGCACUUCAUUGGGUACCGCAACAUCGAAACCAUCGGAAGAUUUGUAUUUGACCUUUCUUCCUGUCGCUUGUGGGCAUUUCGGAACUCUCGGCUCACCAGGUGAAGUCAGCUCAUCGGAUCCAUGAACAGGUGCCCUCUUGGGAAGUCACGCGCUUCAACUUCUCCUCUACAUCAACCACAAUCGCCAGCAUAGGACAGACCACGUUGCCGUCAUGUCCUCAAGCACAGUCCUCGGCAAACGUAAGGCUCGGGACAACUCACCGACAAGACGAUCGCGGAAACGCUUCUCAGCGGCAGAGCUAUACAACCCGACCAUGGUGACAAUAGUCGUCUCACAAGCCGGCGUCGUCGGUAAAGAUGAGAACGCACUCUCUGAAGAGUUCGUCGUGCCCAGAGGUCUCAUCCGCAGCCAUUCCAAGUACUUUGAGAGCGCCUUCCGCAAGCAAUGGACCGAGAGCCGGUCGAAAACGCUGCAAGUUGACGAUGUGUCGCCAAUGAUCUUUCGAAUAUUCGUCGCUUGGCUGUUCUAUCAGGAAAUCUUCUACGACGAGGAGCGCGUCGAGCCCGAUAACACCGCCCCUUGCACGUCCGGCCAGCAGAGCAACAGUACAGCGCUGGAGCCCGCAACGGGACGCCGCACAACUUCACACCAAGAAGCUAGCGCAGAUGCCACUACUGCUUCGGGUAGUGACAUGCUGCUGGACUCCGACUACGACGAGCAAGUAGCGAAGGCGCCCUUAUCUGCGAGAUGCCACAUCGAUCCGUACGAUCCAUAUGAUGCUAUGACUUGGCCCUGGAUAGAUUUGUUUGAGCUAUAUGUGUUCUCAGAAAAGUACGACACACGAGGCCUUCGUAUCAAGGUCUUUGAUCUCAUCCAGCUGAGGAUGGCGCGCAACGCCAUGCUUUACGAAUCCCGCUGGCUGCCAGACCCAGACGAUAUCACAUACCUCGUUGACAACAUGCCACAAAACUCAAAAUUGCUACAAUUACUCUCGCGAUAUUAUCAGGCCCAGUCAGCACGGGCUGUGGAGCGCCGCUUCCCCAAACUGUGUCGAAUGCCGUCCAGCUUCCUUGCCCAGUGCUAUCUACAAAGCAUGCGCUUCAUGCAAGCAAAGCACUGCCCAACUUGCCAGGCGCGCCAACGUCACACUCAUGAUCGAGCGCAUACUUGGGAAGAUACAGUUCCUGCACAGGCGAUCGGUCCUUGCGUGUGCCAUGAGCAUGGUGAUGACCUCGAAGAAGCUGCCGAGUGCCAAGAGAGGUGGAAGGUUAGAAUGCAGGCUCUGAAGGAUGAAGUGGCACAGAAGGCAGAUACUGUCGCGACAAGUCAGGAGAUCAUCACGAUUGUACCGUGAGGGAUUGUGGGCGAGUUUCUAGGGGUCGAAGCUCUCCUGUGGAAUCGGCAGUGCAUCACUACACCAACUCGCUUGUUGCGAAAUCUAACGCAUUUCACGUUCCGGGUCCGAGACUGUGCUGUCGCUGAUCAAAAUGAAGAACCAGCCUGCAACAGUUUGACUGAGAGUGAAAAUUGUCUGCUUGACAGAAGCAACUUGAGAGAACCCAUGCCCAGAACUUAGUCGUCUUCAUCAUCUGAAGUGUGACAGAUCUGUGAGCGAAAGCUACGGACUCAGGAGUUGCUCUCGCCAACAUCGCAGAUCAAAGCAUAAAACCCAAGACAAAGCGCACAACCCAAACCCGGC